UGAGGCUCAGAAAACAACUAUGCAAGCAAAAUUCGACAAAGACAUUGAAAAUUUGAAAUGUGGUUUAUUUCGCAUUGAAAGAUUUAUAGGCAGUGACAGUGACUUCAGGUUCUACACUGGCUUUCCCAAUUACUCGUGUUUUAAAGCGUUUUAUGAUUACCUCUCACCCGCUUGUGAACACCUUAUGUACUUUGGCACACACAGUACCCCUGUAACUUCAGAGUCUCAAAGCAAAUGUGGCAAACCAAGAUCCUUGUCACCAGAACAAGAAUUAUUUCUUGUUCUUGUAAGGUUACGUUUGGGGUUACUUCUACAAGAUAUUGCACACCGGUUUAAUAUAUCAGCUAGCCAUGUGUCUCGCAUUUUUAAAACCUGGAUAAUUUUUUUACACCACCGCCUUCGUUCCCUACCAAUUUGGCCCAGUCGCAAAUUUAUUGACGAAAACAUGCCCCCCUGCUUUCAACAAGCCUAUCCAAAAACCAGAGUGAUCAUUGAUUGCACAGAAAUAUUUAUUGAAAUGCCUUCGUCAUGCAGGAGUCAAUCAGUCACAUUCUCUAGCUACAAGCACCACAACACUGCAAAAGGCCUGAUUGGUAUUUCACCGAGUGGAUACCCAAGUUUUGUUUCUUGUUUGUAUGCUGGGCGCACAAGUGACAAAAAAAUUACCAAUGACUGUGGCAUUCUAAGUCUUGUUGAGCCUGGAGAUGAAAUAAUGGCAGAUAGGGGGUUUGAUAUUGAGACUGAUCUUCCAAGCGGAGUUUUGUUAAAUAUUCCACCUUUUCUUAACGGACAGCCUCAAUUAUCGGCAGAAGACGAAGUUAAAACACGCAAAAUUGCAUCGGUCAGAGUUCAUGUUGAGCGUGCAAUAGCCAGAGUUAAAAAUUAUCGAAUCUUGCACCAAGUUAUUCCAUUGACAUUGGCUGAAAACUUGGAACAAAUUUGGAGUGUUUGCUCCUAUUUAACAUUGUUUUUACCGUCAAUAAUUAAAGAUAAGCAAUCUUAAACUGUUAAGUUAGUUCUAUUAUGAGCCUAAUGCACAAAUUAUAUAAUGCUGUUUAUUACAAUUCUGGUAACAUAUAUUCAGCAUAG